CCACGGCCUCCCGAGCCCGACGCCAUGGCCGCUGCGGCCGGGGACGGCGCGGUGAAGCCGCUGCAGUGCGCCAUGAAGCUGGCCAACGGAGCCAUCGAGCUGGACACCGGCAACCGGCCCCGGGAGGCAUAUACAGAAUACCUGAGGAGCAUCCACUACAUCUCCCAGGUGCUGCUGGAAGAAGUGGAAACCUCCAAAGAAGGUGGAGACCCUGUGGCCCCAGACACCUCAAAGAUGCUGAAACUGGCUGAGCAGUGUCUGGAGAGGGCCCAGUCGACAGCUGCCAAGCUUGGGAAAACGCACCUGAAGCCAGCCAUGCCUGUGGCUGCUCCUGGCCCCUCAUCUACCAGCCGACAUCGCCGGGUGUACUCGGAUGAAGGGGGGAGACUAUCUCCGUUUCUGCCGCCCGAGAUCUUCCAGAAGCUUCAGGCGGCAGAGUCACAAAGUUCUAAGAAGGAGCUGACACCUCUGGAGGAGGCCUCUCUGCAGAAUCAGAAGCUGAAGGCUGCCUACGAGGCACGGAUGGCCCGUCUGGACCCCAGCCAGGCCAUGCAGAAGACAUCCCUGACCCUGUCUCUGCAGCGGCAGAUGAUGGAGAACCUUGUGAUCGCCAAAGCCCGGGAGGAGACACUGCAGAGGAAGAUGGAGGAGCGCCGGCUGCGGCUCCAGGAGGCAGCCAACAGGAGGUUCUGCAGUCAAGUUGCCCUGAGCCCAGAGGAGCGGGAGCAGCGGGCCCUCUAUGCCGCCAUCCUCGAGUACGAGCAAGACCAUGACUGGCCGAAGCACUGGAGGGCCCAGCUCAAGAAGAGCCCAGGGGACCUGUCGCUAGUGACCAGCCUGGUCACCCACCUGCUCAGCAUUCCCGACCACCCCAUCUCGCAGCUCCUGAAGAAGCUCCAGUGUGCAGUGUACCGGGCGCUGUACCCCGUCGUGAGCAGGGCUGCCGUUGGUGCUGCCUCUGCCCCCGGCUGCCGUUCCUUGCCCCCGGACGCCGACGGGCUGCUGGCUCCGGGAAGCCGGCGGCUCCGGCCCUCGCAGAGCCUCUACUGCAUGCUCUCCCCUGCGGAGCCCAGCCUGGCCCCGCGGCCCCCAGACGGCACUCAGGCUGGCCCCCCAGACAGAGGGCCAGACAGCAGCCCUGCCAGGCCCCCCUCACCCCUGGCACACAGCUUGACCGGUGUGCAGAGCAAAGACAGCUCCUUUGAAGACCUCGAACACUUCUUGGCUACUUCUGAGGGGUGGGGCCGGGGGCGUGGGAGGCCGCCUGAGCCCCAAACAACGGGGGUGAAGGAGGAGCCGCUGCUGGAGCAGCUGAAGAGCACUGUGAAGGACAUACACAACGCCAUCGACAGGCUGCUCUCGCUGACCCUCCUGGCUUUCGAAGGCCUGAACGUGGCCGCCUCCAAGGACCGGUGUCUGGCCUGCAUCGAGGAGCCCUUCUUCUCUCCACUAUGGCCCCUGCUGCUGGCACUCUAUAGGAGUGUGCACCGCCUCCGGGAGGCCACCCUGAGCAGGAGCAUGGAGCUCUACAGGAGUGCACCCCCAGCCGCCAUAGGCAUUCCCAGGAAGCUCCUCCCCCGGGACCUGGAGGCCACGGGAGCUGGUCCCUACCCCUACUGUGCUGCAGCCCAAGAGCUGGGCUUGCUGGUCCUGGAGAGCUGCCCCCAGAAGAAGCUGGAGUGCAUCGUGCGGGUCCUGCGGGUCAUCUGUGCCUGUGCCGAGGAUUACUACCAGGCCCAGGAGGCUGCCCCUGAGACCAGACCCCCAGUGGGUGCCGCAGCCAUCGGUGCCGACGACCUGCUGCCCAUCUUGUCCUUUGUGGUGCUGAGAAGCGGUCUCCCCCAGUUGGUGUCAGAGUGUGCAGCUCUGGAGGAGUUCAUCCAUGAGGGGUACCUGAUUGGAGAGGAGGGUUACUGCCUGACGUCACUACAGAGUGCCCUGAACUACGUGGAGCUACUGCCCCGGGGGGCCCUGGGCAAGUAGAGGAGGACAGGACCUGCCGAGGACCGUCCAGGAGUCACCUGCUGGGGGGGAGGGGGGCACUAGGCCAGCUGUGGUGGGCUGUGUAGCUCUCACACUUGCCCUAACCUGACAUCUGGCCCAGGGACUUGAGACACCGCUGUUCCUCAGAGGCACCAGCUCCUAGGAAGUAGGCCCA